UCCUCCUCCUCCUCCAAACGCUCCUCAUCCUCAUCAACCUUCGCCCACGCGCCCUCAACGGCAACCCUCCUCUGGCUCACAAUCUCCCUCCCCCUCGUCAUCUGGGACACCGGCUACGUCCUCCUCCGCCCCCACUCCAUGCCCGGCGGCGCCUGGCACUACCCCCUCUGGGCCCCCUACAAGCUCUACGGCGAGAUCGACCACAUCUACGGCUUCAAGGCCUUCCGCGCCGGCAACGGCUUCACCAGCGCCCAGGGCUUCCUCAACGCCAUCGAGACCCUCCUCUACCUCUGGUACCUCGGCGCUUGGUACUUUGCCGGCAAGCGCUCCUCUUCCGCCGGCUACAAGGUCGUCAGCGGGAGGGCCGGCGCCAGGGCCACCCUCGUCGGCUUCAGUGCCGCCGUCAUGACGCUGAGCAAGACGAUUCUGUACUGGGCAAACGAGUACUACAGUGGCUUCGACAACAUCGGCCACAACUCCCUCGAGGACCUCAUCCUGCUCUGGAUCAUCCCCAACGGCGCUUGGAUCGUCGGCUCGGCCUACAUGGUCUGGUCCAUCGGCGGCGACCUCGUU